AUGGCGAUGGAUCAGUUGCCAAAAACCCUAUUCAAAGAGAGAACGGAAACACAAGUUGAGAAGGUGAACAACACUUGUCGAACUUCCAUACUUAAGAAGGUGGAGAAGUAUGUUGAAGCAGAGUACAAAGAAGUGUUGGGUGAUCCGCUAUUUUCUCAGGUUAUGGAUAUUUAUGUGCACAAGCUUCAGUAUUCAGGGAGAGUGAUCCACAGCUUCGUUUGUAAGCAGCUUCUGACCGCAAAGCGCCAUGAGUUGUGGUUCCAUUUUGCUAGGAGGGCUCUCAGAUUUUCAAUGCAAGAAUUCCAUGCGAUCACUGGUCUGAAAUAUAAAGACGACGAGCCUGACUUGUAUAUUGAUAAAUGGAGAGGUGAUAAAGGGUUUUGGAGUAAGUUGCUGCGGAAAAAAGGAAAAAUUAGCCUACAGCAAAUCAGGAAGGUGCAUCUGAAGUCUUGUAAUACAUGGUCUCAUGUUGAUAGGCUGAGGAUGGUGUAUUUGUGUGUGAUUGCUGGUCUGGUUAUGGCGAAGGAUGAGAAGGUGUGCAUCCCACACAAGUACAUCAAGCUGGUGAUGGAUUUCGAUAAGAUGAGAAAAUAUCCGUGGGGUCUUCACUCUUUUGAUGCGCUUGUGACUUCCAUUACUGAAGCUAGGGAUAAAGUGAAGACGCAGAACAGCUAUGUCAUAGAUGGAUUCUCUUAUGCACUUCAGAUUUGGUUGAUGGAGGCUAUUCCAGACAUCGGUAUUGAGUCCGAUUUUGCAUCCACUGGAGUUGUGUUUCCAUACAUCUCUUCAACUGGAAAUGGCAACAUCAUUGUUGAUGCUGGGUUUGAGCGAGACGAUGAGAUGAAUGACGAAAGGGUCGAUCUGAUCAUUGACAUGUACAGAAAGAAGUAUGACUGGAGUAAGCAUGUUUGGGGUUAUCAGGAAACUGAACAACCAUAUGCGGAAAGUUCUGAGGAUGAUGGUUCAAAGGAAGAAGAGGCUGGAGAAAGAAGUGACUGUGGAAUGGAAGAAGAAAUAGAAACCGCCCAUGUGUCUCCUGCAAAGAAGAGAAAGAACCAGUAUCAGGAUAUUGGAGCCGAGUCAAGGAAGAAGAGGUUACUUUGCCAAAGAUCAACCGACAAAUACAGAGAUCUUGAAGAGAGUAUGAAGUCCUAUAUCCAGGGUAUGUUUAAUUCUUCUUUUACUGCCUUAGGGCUUGAGGUCCGCGACUUAAUUGAAGACCGGUUUACCAAAUUAGAGCAGAUGAUCCUUUCAUCUCAGACUCCAGUUGGUGUUCCGGCUUAUACUCAGCCUCAUGGUCCUGCUCCGGCUUAUAUUCAGACUCAUGGUCAUGCUCCGGCUUAUACUCAGACUCAUGGUGCUGCUCCGGCUUAUACUCAUACUCCUGCUGCUGCUACGACAUCUACUCAUACUCAUGCUGCUGCUACGACAUCUACUCAAGCUCCUACUCCUACUCCGGCGUCUACUCACGCUAGUGGUCCUGCUACUACUUCCCGCGCUUGA